ACAAGAUCUAUGCACAUCGCCGUUCAUCACAGCCUCCUGACGUUGAAAAAAAUAAAAUUUAUACAAGUCGACUGCUGACAAAUCUUGUAUAACUGAAUAAAAACUAGUGAAAUGCAUAUUUCUUCGAUCAUAGCAUUGACUCUGAAGAAGAUUCUCAGCGGACAAGCAGUGAUAAAUCUUGCCAAAGUCGGUGUGGGUGCAGGAGCUAUAUAUGUGACUAUACAACAAGGAAUAUGGAGCACAGAUACUAAACAAGGAUACCAAGUGCUGAAUAGCGUCAGGUCAUCUGUGCUGCCUACAGCUUCAGAAUAUGUGUCUAAAAUACCAUCAGCAGAGCAAAUGUGCAUAUCUGCUACUCAAACUUGGAACAAGGGUGUGACAAAAGUGUUUGAGGGUGUCGCAGAGGUGCCAGAGUAUGGGAAAAAAGUUGUUACAUACACAAAAGAUUCCGUGUGUCAACUGGUGCGGGGCAAGUAGCACUCUGAUUGCUACCUUUCAUCAGAUGUAGCCUGCUUUGGAAUCAAAAAUCACUUUGAUUUCAUAAUUUUGGAUUUUGAACUUUCCUGAAUUUCGACAGAAAGAAUGUAUGUAAAUGCAGUGUUAUCACCUAUGCUUCAUUAUUCUUCUUGUUUUCGCAACAGAUAAAAAAUGAAUUAAUGCAUGCAUGCAUGUAUGAUUUUGUGUGUGUGUGUGAGAGAGAGAGACAGCAUGAGAGUAUGUGUGGGUGAAAGGUUUGUUUGUGUAUGUUUAUGAUUGUUUGCAUGCAUGCAGUAUACUUAAUGAAUUCCUUAAGAAACUGUGACAUGUUAAGGGAACUAACUCCGCUAUUCACCUUUAUCAGUUUUUGUAUUCAGAACCUAUAUAAUUCUAAUCUGCCAGACCUUUAAACUGUUAUAUUUUUUUUUACUCAAAAGAAAUAUUCCUACUUCAGCCAGCCAUGUGGAAAAAAAAUUUAAUGAGAUAGGAUAAUUAGCAUUGCCACAUGUAGAACAUUAAUAAGAAAUCUGGUAAAAAGAUUUAAAAAUGUGUUUAUCAAAGAACUUUUGAUGAAUGGUAGUGAUAAUUGGUGAACAUUAUAAAAAUUGAUUUUGAUGCUUUAUGCACAUAGGCCAUUUUAUUUUUAGUUCUUGUUUCUGCUAACUUUCAAGAGUAGUAGUCUACUUGGUAUAAUGUAUCAUUAUGACACCUGUGUUUUUCACUCAUUGAUUACCUAUGGGAUGGUUGAUUAUGAAAUCAAGUGAAGUGUUUGGAAUUUAGGUUAUGUUUUGACAGAAAUGAAGCUCUUGUUGCAGACGUG